AAUUCAUAUCAGGUUCUUUUUUCUUUAUUCUCAUUUCCGAGCCACUGAAUCCAGCGGUAUACGACGUCAUACAGUAGUUCUCAAUUAGCCGAAAAGCAUGGAUUCCUGAAUAUGCAAACAUAACCUAUGAAAUCGUGAGGUUCUCAAUUCACGGAAAAAUACUAACAAGUGCAUUUUCGAUUUUUAUUCAACUAAACAUUUGUUGCUUAAAAGCAUUAUGUCACUGAUCCAUAGCCUUCAGGCUGCAUCUGCAACCGCGUUGUCGAUUGUCCGAGCAAACUUCGCCAAUAGGGCUGCAUCAGUUCGAUACAUUUGCAAAGGCACUCCUCUCUAUAACGAGGAAAACGAAGAUAUCGUUGAAUCUGGUAACCAGGAAAACGAGCCGUACAUUGAUCCUGCAAAAGAUAGACGCAAACCAGUGCCCGUUGAAACCAGCAUAAAAUACCUUGCCAGUGACGCUUAUAAGGAAACUUAUGGCAAUAAUCUGGUCUGGAAAUUAUACCGAAGGAAUCACAAGGGAAUGUACCCACCUAAAAAAACCCGGAAAACUUGUGUGCGCCAGGGUAUAAUUUCAACUGGAAAUCCUUGUCCAAUCUGCCGCGAUGAAUAUUUGGUGUUUGAUCACAGAAAUACCGCUCUACUGAAGCAAUUUAUUUCUGAAUACAACGGAGCAGUAGCAAUCAGGAAUCUGUCAGAAACAACACAAAAAUCUUUUGAUCGCUAUCUACCGGGCGAAAGAUUUCGGCACGAUAACAUUCGACGUACCGUUCAGAGAAUAUAAUUAUUCAGAUUGGUACAAUCCUGAAACCGAGAUUACAAAUAAAUCCGUUCAAUCGGAGUAAACCAAGAAAA